AAUAGAUUUGAAUCAAUAUGUCUACAUUGCAGCAGAAAGAAUAUCUGAAUGAAGUGCACCCAAGAGUUAGGAAUAUCUCCAAAGGGAAUAAGCUUGCCAAGACUCUUCAGUUCUCUUUAAUAUCGCUUCUCUUGAUUAUAUGCUUUUUCUUAAAUUGUGUUAAUUGCGCUGAGAGCAAGCCUGAUACAAAAGAAUCUUCAGAAAUUGAAGCCGGAACACUGGUAGCUCAUGAAAUUGGCUCUCUUUAUGAUGAGCUCUUACAAAUUGAAGAAAAUAUUGGGAAAAGUAUUCGGAAGCUACAGCUUUUACAGAAAAUCCAGAAGACGAAAGUGUCUCUUCAUUCAGUUCAAAGUUUGAAUAAAGAAAAUGCUCUAAAUUCUGAAAUUAAUGCUAACGAAGGCACAGUAGAUAUAGAGGAAGACUAUAAUUAUGAAAAUCUCUUCAAAGAGAAACUGACCCAUGAAGAACUGUCUGUAUCUAAUUCAUUUGUCGAAAAGAAUAUAUUCGAACUGCAGAAUACUUCUUUCGUGAAAUAUGCUUUCUUGGAUACUCCUGCAUAUGUAGACUUAUUCAGAGAUUACACAGAAAAAGUUUUAAUUGGGCUUUUAAAUGAUGGAAAUCUAGCAAUAUUUUCGUUAAAUAGUGGUGUAGUUGUGAACUCUUAUAACCUAACUUCCAUAUUAAGCCAAGAUCCAAGUGUUCCAAUUCCUCAGAGUUGGGAAACAGAAGUUCAGAACUUUUUAACAAGCUCAUACGAAUCCUACAUGUCAGUUAUUUUCUCGGAUAGUUCAGGGAAUACUUACAUAAUUGACUUAAGUAUUCAACCAGUUAAAAGUAAUGAUAACAGUGAAAAAGAGGUCAAGAGGUCGAUUAGAGAAUUAGGCGUCAGCAAUUUUAAAUAUUUCAACGCAUGGCAAGAGCUAAAACAAUCUAAUUCAACUCUUUAUGAAGAAGAAAUUCUUAAAGCAGGGGAGCAAAUCUCUAUAACUAAGCUGACGUACUUUCCUAAUAGAGACCAAGGAAUCUUUGUUUUUGUAGACGAGCAAGGAUAUUUCAAUCUCUUCCGAAGGAUUUCUUCUCAGAAUUCAGAGUCAGGCUCUUCCCACCAAGUAUCGUUCUUCAAAAGAGUUCAUUCAGGAUUUGGAAAUGUGGAAAUAGUAAAGCAACAGAUGUAUCUGACCUUAUUUACUGAACAAAACAAAAUUGGUUUUAUUAGAGCUUUUGACGGUGAAAAAGGAAAUGCAAACUGAACUCUUAACACAACUCAGAUCGUUGACCUUGACUUUGACAAAGACAAGCCUGGUGUCUUUUAUGCACUCACACAGCAAGGAGAUAUUAUCAUGAUCCAAGCAAAGACUAAAUCUGGGAGAGAUGUUAUUUGUGAAGAAUUUGGUAGAAUUUUAAGCACAGAACAAAACUCUAAAUUGCUUGCUCUAUCAAAUACAAUUGUGACUUAUUCAACCAAUUCAGAUUUGAUGCAAGUUUUUAAUAUAACUAACUAUAAUACAAAAUCCUCUAACAUUGAAGGAAUCACAAUGAGAAAGAUGAAUAUCAGAGAAGAGAUAGUGAAUAGUAGGAAUCAAUUGAUGAUCAGUAUCUCUGAGAAUAAAAACAAGCUAAUCCUUAUUGACAUCAUUUAUUCAAAAUAUUUCGAAGAACCCUGGUACAUAACUUACCUUGGAAAUAAAGGUUUGGUGUUUACGGUAAUCAUCAUGAUCAUUAUUGCUUACCAAAUUAUCAAAAGCAGAGCAUCACCUGAGGAUGAAGAAAGUGAGCAAUUCAAAGGUAUUAAAAAGCUUUUAGAGAAAAACAACAAUAAUAUGAACCAUCAUAAUGCGAAACUACAAGAGAUUUCCAAGAACCUUGCCUUCUUCGGUGGUCAAUCUUCUGACAAAAGCCCUGGUGGGAUGAAGUCUAACCUGAGAGAUCCUAAAUCACCAAUGAAUUCGGUUACUAAGAAUGUCAGAUUUGCUGAUCAAGUUAGUUAG